AAACGACCCCAACCGGCUCCGCAACAAUGCGAGCAGUAAUGCCUCCCCCUGUCCUCUUCCGCCGCCUCCUCGCCCUCCCAACUCCCCUCCGCGUCCGCACCUUCUCCGUCCUCAACCGCCCACAACCAAACUACCCAGGUCAUGUCCCGCUCACCUACAUCGAAAAGGCGGCGCUGGCAGUCGGCUCAGCAUUCGGCUCCCUCCGUGAUCCCUACCGCCACGACUUGAUCGCCAGUCUGGGCGAGGCGACCGCAAACCCCUACUUCCUCCCCCGUCUGCACCGAGCCAUGCUCUCAGACCCAACUGGCCGCAGGAUUCUACGAGACAAGCCGCGCAUCACGAGCCAGAGCAUGCGGUUGGAGGAGUUGCGGAAGAUGGACGACGGGACGGUGGGAAGGGCGUAUGCGGCGUGGCUGGACAGGGAAGGCGUGACGCCUGAUACUCGAGAUGCUGUGAAGUACAUCGACGAUCCCGAGGAGGCCUAUGUGAUGCAGCGAUAUCGCGAGACGCAUGAUUUCACGCACGCUAUCACGGGGCUCCCAGUGAUUAUCGAAGGGGAGUUGGCGGUCAAGGCGUUCGAGUUCGCCAACACGUUGUUGCCCAUGACGGCGCUGAGCUUGGUGGCCGUGGUGCGGUUGAAGCCGGUGGAGAGGAAGCGAUUUUGGGACAUCUACUUGCCGUGGGCACUGCGGAAUGGCUUGAAAGCGGAGGAGCUGAUCAAUGUGUACUGGGAGGAGGAGUUGGAGACGAAUGUUGACGUCUUGCGCGCAAGGCUGGGCAUUGAAGCGCCGCCCGAUCUGAGGGAGAUUCGCAAGGUCGAGAGAGACAAGAGGAAGGCUGAGAAGGCGGCAGUGGAAAGUCUGAGGAAUGCUUGAACGCCUGAUAUGCUUCCACUGACAGCUUCACACUAUCCGCCUGUCACGUCUAUUUGUACUACAGAAUCCUACGAGAGAAAGCCAGGAAUCCAACCAUCAUCUUUCUGAGCCUCACCCGCAGCGUGCCGUAGUCAUAGGCAUCGGACUUGCCUCCGACAUGG